AUGGGAUUAAAUUGCUCAAUUUAAAGAAAAUCGUUUUAAUUAAAAGUUAAUGAUAGAUCAUUGAAAAUGAGCAGUGAAUUUGUUUCAUUAACCUUUGAUCUUUCUUUGAAGUCUAUGAUGACAUGGUUAUUUCGUGAAAUAAAUGGAUUUAUAUUAGAUAAAAUUAGAGUUGAAGGAAAUGCUUCAAAUAUGAAAAUGCUUAAAUCAUUUCUUGGAGGUAAAAUUACAUUCAAGGGGUUUCAAAUAUUUGAUUCAUAUAGUGGAGCGAUAAACUUUUAUAAAAACAAAACAACCAAAGUAUUUUAUAAAAAAUAAAAAGGUUUGUACUUUGAUCAACAGAGAAACUAAAAUCAAAUUUUCUUGUAAAUGCUUUAGAAAGGUUAACUAGAAAACUAGAAAAUUCACAAAGAGAUUGAAACUAUUUAGAAAGCUUCUCUAAAUGGAUUAGCCCUAAAAUUUAUGA